AAGCAAUGCAAAGGACGCCCACGAGAUCCCGAGCCAGGCAUGGAGCGGUGAAUGCUCCGCCCCAUGCAUCCCUGUUCCUCAUGGACCAGCGCAGUGUACCCCUGACUGCAGCUGUGUGGACUGAGGCUGCUCCUGGGCAUCCAGAUUUGAGGCUCGCUGCCCGGCUUCCUCCUGAGCUCGCUGCGCUGGGGUGGAAACGUCAAGCUCCUCUGCAGUGAGUGCCCAGCACGGCCCUCGAUGGCUCUUCCCUCUGCUCGCCACCUCCCUCCAGCCAUGAUGUUCACAGUGCCAUGUGUCCGGCUUCACACUGAGCACCCGGCAUGGAUCAGACAGUCUUCACCACAACGCUGUGUGGACUCAUACCGGAAGCAAGUGGUCAUUGAUGGGGAGACAUGCCUGCUGGACAUCCUGGACACAGCAGGCCAGGAGGAGUGUAGUGCUCUGCGGGACCAGUACAUGCGCACUGGGGAGGGCUUCCUCUGUGUAUUUGCCAUCAACAACACCAAGUCCUUCGAGGACAUCCACCAGUACAGGGAGCAGAUCAAGCAGGUGAAGGACUCGAUGACAUGCCCAUGGUGCUGGUGGGGAACAAGUGUGACCUGGCUGCACGCACUGUGGAGGCUUAGCAGGCGCAGGACCUUGCCCGCAGCUAUGGCAUCCCAUACAUCGAGACGUCGGCCAAGAGGCCAAGACGCGCCAGGGCAGCCACUCAGGCUCUGGCUCCCGCUUCAGCUCCGGGACACUCUGGGACCCUCCAGGACCUCCAUGACCCACCAGCCCCUCCCGCUGUAA